AUGGACGUUGCUGUCCGCGAGCUCAUGGAGCUCUUUCUGCAGAGCCCGCUGGUGGCGGGGGUGAAAACUUUGAGCCCAGUCGCCAGCGGCAACGAUGAACACCUGUACAUGCACUUGGUGGAUGGCAUUUUGUUACACCAAGUCAUGUCGGAAAUAGACCCCAGGCCUAAUCAGCGCUUCCACCAGCACGUGAACAACGAUGUGAACCUCCGCAUUGAGAACUUGACCAUCUUGGUCAGACACAUUGAGAACUUCUACCAGGAAGUUCUCCAGCAGCGGAUCGUAAUGAGCCUGCCGGAUGUUUCAGUGAUUAGCAAAGACCCGCUGUCUGGACAAAGUAUGGAGGAAAUGGAGAAGAUGCUGGUGCUGGUGCUGGGCUGUGCUGUCCAAUGCGACAGGAAAGGGGAGUUUAUUGAAAAAAUACAACAGCUUGACAUUGAGACCCAGGUCAGGAUCCUGGCUCAUAUCCGGCAGGUGACCCGCCACCAGGAGAGCCUGUUUGACAUGCAGAGGUUGGAGGUCCCAGACAUGGCCCUGGAGGAGCUGGAGUCUCUCUCCAGCAACACGACUUUUUGCCUCAGGAGGCUCGUAACUGAACGAGACAGUUACAGGGAGCUGGUCGUGACCAUGACCCAGGAGUGGAACACCUGCAGCCGCCUCAGUGAGGACACGCAACACCUGGCCGUGGAGCUGGCGGACACCAAGGCCACGCUGCGCAGCGUCAGGCAGGAGCUGGAGGAGAAUACGAAGCAGCUGGCGGACGCCAGGCAUCAGUUGUACCAGCUGGUGCUGGAGCUGCAGGAGGCCCGGCGCAAUAACAUGGAGCUGGCAGCCAGCGCCCAGGCUGCCCGUGCCCCCCUCCCUGAGCUGGACUCCCUGAGGGAGAAGGCGAGGCGCGUGGAGAGGCUGGAGAUGGGCCUCAGGCAGAAGCAGAAAGACAUAGACUUCUAUGCAGCCCGCAUGAAGGAGCUAAUUGAAGACAACUACACCUUAAUGGACAUCAAGGGCCUUCUCCAGGAGCAGCUGACUGUCGCUCGGUCCCGGGUCGAUAAGCUGUAUGAGCUUGAAGAGGAGAACGUGCAGCUGAAAUCAAAGCUGCACCGCCUACAUUUGGCCCGGGACACAGACCAGCAACACCUUGAGGAGCUGCGGGAAGAGAACUUGGCCCUCAAGGCUGCACAGGGGCAGAGUGUGGAGGAGUCCACCCACCUGCGCUGGGAGCUGGAGCAGCUGUCAUGCCGGGGGCAGAGAGCAGAAGCUGAGGCCCCUGGAAUAUGGGCUCUGACUCCACUUUGCUCUUCAGCCUCCAGUUGCUUCCUGAAGCUGGACCAGGAGAAGCAGAGCCUCCAGGGCACCAUCCAGGGGCUGCGGGACGCCUCCCUGGCCCUGCAGGAGAGCAGCCUCCAGCGCCAGGAGCUGGAGAAGGAGAACCAGCAGCUCAGAAAGCAGAUUGAAGACUUGCGAGUCCAGGUGGAAAGAGAAAAGCAGACCAGUCAGGAUCUGGAGACCCUCAGUGAGGAGCUGAUGGAGGAGAGAGAGCAGCUGCUCCAUGACAUAGAGACCCUGAAGGCUGAGAAAGCCCAGGAGAUCAAGGAUCUUGAACAAGUGGUGCGUUCACUGCGGGAGCGUUCACAGGCCAGCAGUGAGGCCUGCGUGCAGGACAUCGAGAAUGAGAGCAAAGUCCUCCACCAGACGGUGAUGGAGACCAGCAGCAGAGUCAGCAAGCUGGAGCGGGAGCAGCAGCAGCUGCACCAGGACCUGGAGCAGGUGAAGGAGCAGGCGACGCGGGCGCAGGAGCUGGAGCAGGAGCUGCACCGGCUGCAGGAGGAGAACGAGAUGCUGGCCAUGGAGGUCAGCGCCCUGAGGACAGCCCCCAAGAGGGUCCACGCCCUGGAGCGGGAGAGCCCGGACCUGUUGCUGGAGAACCAGAGGCUGCAGACGUCUCUGGACACGCUGCAGCCCAAGAGUCUGGAGCGGGAUGAGCAGCUGGACACCAGGGUGGAAAAUUCCACUCUGAGCUCCCAGAGCGCCUCGCUCACUGCGCUCACAGAGCAGAACAUGCAGCUCCAGCACCAGCAGCUGGUGGCAGCCCACGAGGCCCUGCAGCGGGAACACGCGUGCCUGGGUGCACUCCAUGAGCACCUGUCUGGGGAACAUGAGGCCCUCAUGGAUGAGUACAGCCGCCAGAAGACACUGCUGCGACGGACCCUGGAGCUGGAGAGCAAAGCUCUCAGUGACAGAGAAGUAAAUAAAUCCACCAUCACCCUCAGCGAUGUGGAGUUGGUGCGCCUGGAGGCUGAGGGGCAGGAGGGUCCCCCAGGGGAGAAGGGUGUGCCCACUAAUCCUGGCUCAGGGAAACCAGCGGGUGUGUUUCCCUUCAACAGAUACAAGGAUCAGCUCCAACAUAAGGCGGCGCAGGAGCAGCUGGGGACGCUCUUGACCACCGAGCGGGAGGCUCUGCAGCAGGAGCAGAGGACGAGCGCCAUGGCCGCCGAGGAGAACCAGAGGCUGCAGAGAGAGCUGGACAGGGCCAAUUCCCUGCACCAGCAGCUGAAGGGGGAGCAGGAGGAGCUGCAGACCCACAACAAGAAGCUGCAGACCUCCCUGAACGACACCCAGCUGGAGGUGAACCGCUGGCAGGCCCUGUACGAGGGACUGAAGGGGGAGCAUGAAGACACGGACAUCUCGCUGACCGAGCAGGACAACCACUGCCAGCUGCUCUCCCGCCUCAAGGGCAACUUGGAGGGAGAAAAACGUGACCUGCAGAGCCAAAUCCAAAGGCUGAAAGAGCAGAACCAGAGGCUUUUCCAGGAGGACAUGGAGAACAAGGACCAGCUCCAUGAGGAGCAGCAGCAGUACGUAGACAAAUUAAAUGCCUUACAGAGACAAAAUGAAAAACUGGAAGAAAAAAGCAUGGCUCAGCACAACUUCCAUGAUCCAGCGCCAAAGAAGAAAAAGCACUGGAUUGGAGCUAAAUUCUUACUCAAACUCAUCAAACUAAAGAAAGGCGGUUCCAGAGAACGACGAAAGUCAACCCCAGAGAGGCCUCCCUGGCCGCUGGGGUCCUCAGACCAGGCCUCGCCCAGUACUUCUCAGCCUCUUCAAUCGCAGCUGGAGCCCCUCGAGGCCACCCCAUGCUGCUCAAAGGGGACAGAAGAGCAAGGCACCUGCAGGGGGCCCAGGGGAAAAGGUCCUGGGGACCUAAUACCAAAGGGAGUGGCCCCACCCAGAGGCAGCCUUGACCGCAUUCCAGGAGAUGCCUCCGCUGACCCAGCCACCAAGCCCCGGCCAUCAGAGCUGGGCUCCGGGGCCUGUUCAUCCUCAGCCAUCACUACAGCUCCUUCCAGCUCCACCUCCACCUCCCGGCACCCAGGCCGCACCCACGGUCCCAGCCAGGCAGCUUGGAGAGCCAUAGGGAUGCGUCCAGUGACAGCUCACCUCGGGGCCUGA